AUGGCGCUUGUGGAUGAGUUUGUGACUGGUGUGGGACCAUCAGGGGACGCCAUCUAUGCGUCUUGUCCGACAUAUCCAUCCCUUGGGAUGGACGUGCGAGUGCCCUACCAGGUGCUCCCCUCACGUGUCAAUCGGCUGCUUUCUGACAGCUUGACUUUGUCAGAGUCAGUGUCCGAGAAUGGCUCGAAGGACUACGGGAGCUCCGGCAGUGGAGAUGUAGGGCGCUUGGAGUUGAAUGGCAGCCCUUCGUCAAAUGAGCCAAAAUAUGUGGCGAUCAGGGCUCCUCCUGGGCUGACCCAGGACAUUGGUGAAGUGGCAAACGUUUACCCAGUGGUCCUGCUUGCCUCACUCGGUCUACCCUUCCUGCCUUCACCAAGUGGUUUCGCCAACGAGAAGAUUACCCCCCCCCCCCCCAGGCACUCCUCCGAGCACCAAGCGCCGCAAGCGCCGCAAGCAGGGCAACUCGAGAACUUCAAUUUUGCCGUCAUCUUCCACGGCUACGACCUGGAGAAGCAUGCCGCCUUCGAGCUUGUCCCUCGCUUAAUCGGCCGCAAUGGCGACAACAUGAAGAAAAUCUACAGAACUGGGGUCGACGUACGCGUUCGUGGUCGCGGGAGUGGUUGGAAGGAAGUCAAGUCACCCCAUGGCAACUACGAAAGUGAUGAACCGCUCCAGUUGGAUGUUUCGUGCCGUUCGGUGGAGAUCAAGGAAGCCGUGUCCCUGGGGCUGAUUGGGGAACAAGUUUUAAAGUUCAAGGAGACAAUGACGUUGGUGAAAGGCAUCGCAGAGCACUUCCGGCGCUUCUGUCGCCAACAGAAGCUGGACCACGUGGAGCUGUAC